GUCGCUGCAUGCUCCGACUGACUGUCAUUGGCCUCGGACAGCGACACGCAAUCGCCACAGCAAUCACCACCACAACCGCAGUUGGACUGACGCACGCUCCCAGAAUGGCAUCAUCUACCGCUGCGUCAACAACCGAGCAGCCUAUCGAUAUGGAGACUGGAGCUGGCCCGUCUACUUCCGAGGCUGGUGCGGGCGGGACGACGAUCGAGGAGGGCAGUGCCAAGAUCCACUUUCCCGAGGGCAACCAGGUGUUCUACAACAAGGUCCAGGUCUUCAACCGCGACCUCUCGACGGCGAUCAUUUCGCAGUUUGCGGCGGAGCGGGCUGAGGAGCAGGCGGAGCGGCACGCGCGGAGGCUGGCCAAGUACAACGAGAAGAUCGCGGCGGGGAGGACGGGUUCGAGCCGACGGCACCGCGCGGGCUCCGGAUCAUGGAGGCGCUCUCAGCGACCGGGCUGCGGUCGAUCCGGUACUACAACGAAAUCACGCCGCAGGUGGACCAGGUAGUGGCCAACGACCUCAAGCCGGAGGCUGCCGAGGCCAUCCGGAUCAACGUGGUCCGCAACGGGCUGGACCCGGAGAGCCAGGUCAUUCCGUCAUGCGGCGACGCCAACAUUGUGAUGAUGCAGGCUGCGGCGGCCGGUGAGCACUACGACGUUGUCGACCUGGAUCCGUACGGCUCUGCGGCGCCGUUCCUCAACGCGACGAUGAUGUCUGUGGCCGACGGCGGCUUGCUCGCGGUUACCUGCACCGACAUGGCGGUCCUGGCCGGAGCGCGGCCGGAGACGUGCUUUUCCAAGUACGGCUCGAUGCCGCUGCACAAGCGGUUCUGCCACGAGGGUGGCGUGCGGAUCUUGCUGGCGAGCCUCGAGCGUGCGGCUUCGCUGCACAAAAAGUACAUCGAACCGCUACUCUCAUGCUCGAUCGACUUUUACUCGCGGGUCUUUGUCCGCGUCCACACGUCGGCGGCCGAGUCGAAGCGGUCUGCGCUGCGGCUGAGCCAGCUGUACGCGUGCGGCGGAUGCGCGGCGUUCCACUGGCAGCCGCUCGGGCGCGAGAAGCCGGCCAAGUCUGGCAAGACCACGCACGUCCGCGGCGCGUAUGCGCCGACCGUGGGCAGCGAGUGCAGCGAGUGCGGCGGGCGGUUCCAGCUCGGCGGCCCGUACUGGGCCGGCGAGCUCCACUCGCGGCCAUUUGUGCGGCGGGUGCUCGACACGCUCGAGAGCGACCACGAGGCGUACGCGGCCAAGUUUGCCACGCUGCCGCGGAUGAUGGGCCGGCUGGUGGUGUGUCAUGAUGAGCUGGAGGGCUCCCCGCUGUACUACGACCUGCCUUCGAUGCUCUCGGCUCUCAACCUGACUCCGGUGAAGAAGGAUGAGUUCAUGGCGGGCCUUGUCUCGCUCGGCUAUGAGGUGACCGAGACCCACGCCUCCGUCUCGGGCUUUAAGACCAACGCGCCGGCCGGCGCCGUGUACGACGUCCUCCGGGCGUGGGCGGCCAAGUUUCCGCCGGUCCGUGCACCGGCAUCAGUCGAAUGGCAGAAGAUCAUCGCCCGCGAGGUGAACAGCAAGGUCUCGUUCGACACCAGCAUCCUGCCCAAGGCCUCGAGCCAGAAGCGGCGGCUGUCCAAGUUCCCGCAGAAUCCCGAGGCCUUCUGGGGGCCCAAGAUGCGGGCGACCGGCCAGAAGCGCAAGCCCGGCGACGAGUCAGCGACCGGCCUCCUGCCGGCGCAGAUGGAGCGCCAGCGGAGUCGCCAGAAGCGCAAGGCCCGCAUGUGCCGCAACAUGAUGGACUCUGGCGCGUGUGGCGACGAAGCCUGCACCCGCGUCCAUCCCACUCCGGAACAGCGCGCCGCCAUCCGCGACCCGGAACUCUCACGGAAGGAAAAGGGUGCGCUGCUGCGGAGCAUUCUGCACAAAAGCGAGGAUGAUGGCGGUGAGGAGUAAUAACAACCGGCGCAAAGCUUG